UUGAGUCAACUGACCCAUGCGCAUUGCGAUGUGACAACCAGGACACCAAGUCGAUAAUCGAGUGGAUCCAACCGUGCUUCCCCUCGGGUUGUAUCUGUCGCAAUGGCUGAUAAACCAAAUGCUCAGAAAAGUGUCAAAAUAGCUGCUGGAGCCGUGGUUUGUGUUGAAAGUGAAAUUAGAGGAGACGUCACCAUAGGCCCCAGGUCAGUAGUCCACCCGAAAGCACGCAUCAUCGCAGAGGCAGGACCCAUCGUGAUUGGAGAAGGCAAUUUGAUCGAGGAGCAAGCCCUGAUCAUCAAUGGUUACCCAGAAAACAUCACGCCAGAGUCUGAGGUGGAACCAAAGACGAUGACCAUCGGCAUGAACAAUGUGUUUGAAGUUGGCUGCGUAUCACAAGCUCUGAAAAUUGGGGACAACAACGUGAUUGAAUCCAAAGCUGAUGUAGGUAGGAACGUGAUCCUCACCAGCGGCUGUAUCAUCGGAGCCUUCUGCCAGGUCAACACCUGUGAGGUCAUACCCGAGAACACGGUCAUCUAUGGCUCCGGCUGUAUGAGGCGGGUUCAGACAGAGAAACCACAGCCCCAGACUCUUCAGCUGGACUUUCUCAUGAAGAUUUUGCCUAACUACCACCAUCUGAAAAAAACAGUUAAAGCCGGCCACAACGCCAGCUAGAAUGUAACUUGAUGCUUUUGAAGUCGACUUGUACAUGGCUGGCAAACCUGUCUUUAAAUAGGUCGUUUAAGAAGGAAGCACGAAUGUAUAUAAAUAUAUAAUAUGUUCCUAGCUUGUCACUUAUAUAUUUUCUACUCUAACCACGAAGCAUUUCAUCUUCGUCUUGCUGAGCUCAUGCAGCCUUUUCUAUGAUUGAUUGAUUAAAUAACCUCAGGAAUGUU